AUGCUUUGGUGGCUUCUGCUGCAAGAGAUGUCACUUAUCGUGGAGAAGCGGGUGGGGAGUGAGAAGCUCGCAGCUGACACGUUCAUGCGCAGAGCUCGACCAGACCCGCCUGAAGACCCGCUUCCGGUCAGCAAGCGCAAAAGCAAGAGUGGCAAGCGAAAGGCGGGUCCAUGGCUGAACACAGACUGCCCGAUGAAUUCUGACAGCUGGGACGAGCCGGUUCAGCCUAACGUUUCUACUGGCACUGAUGUUGUGGGUCCGAAACUCGGUGCGUUUGCAUUGAAGGCUUUCAAGGUGCCGACGCAGAAGCAGUUGGAGUUCUGGCAGACAGAUUCGGAAUCUAUGCCCGCGCGGCAUCAUCUUCCGAACCCGAAGGGGCAGAGGAUGCUCAGGCGGCCACUCAGGCAAGAGCAGUGGAUGCGUGGAGAUUGGCCACCGGUCAAGGAAGAGCUCGCUCCAGACAGAGCGGGUGCCAAUCCCAAGGAGGAGGCUGAGGAGGUCAAGACGACAGAUGCAAACUCGAAAGUUGGCACUGCUGCUGAGAGUGGAGAUUGGCUACCCAGAGGGGCUAAGGCGGCUAAGGACGAGGUCGCCCCGGAACCAGAGAAGGAUGUCAGAACGACAGGUGCAGACUCGAAAGUUGCCACUGCCGCUGUUGGUGGAGGAGGGGUCAAGGAAGAGGUCGCCCCGAAGGAGGAGGCCAAGGUCAGGAUGUCAAAUGUUGACUCGAACAUGGCCGCUGCCGCUGAUCCCACCCCUUCCUCCACAAGCCCCUUCGAAGAGCACCGACAAUUGGAGGGCAGCCUCGGCAACUCGGCUGCAAGUGGUUCGAUGUCUUCUGGUCCCGUUGAAGUCUCAAACGCAACAGUGCAAAGGCAACGGCAGGUCAAGGAAGAGGCACCCUGUUUGAAGGAGGUCAAGAUGACGGAGACGGGCUUGAAUGUUUCCGUUUUCAACAUGCACCUUGGCGCCGUCGUGCGCUCAGACGGCAGCUUCGACAACACCACUGUGCAGGCAGCAGCGAUGGCAGCAGCGGGUCAAGCAGAUGGUGCCGGAGAAGGUGCAGGACCGUGCGUCGGUCCGGCCGCAAGCGCUUCAAUGCGCACCGUGGCGAUCUUCGAGACCCACGGGGAGCGUGAGGUGCGAGCAUUUGGAGAGCGCAAGUUGGACAUCUUCUGGAAGUGCCGCUCGAGUGGUCACCAAUUUGAAGUUUGUCUGGGACGACCUCUCUGCAUUAGCCGUACUUUGAUCGAAAUCUGUCUUCUCAAAACUCAAAGGGCAAAGAGGCCCUUCCCGCGGCCCUUCGCAGGGAUGGCGAGGAGAGGCGGCGCGGGCGGCCUCAGCUGGUCCUCGCUUGACUGCCGUGCCUCGCCGUCCCCGGACUGGGAGGGGGCGAACGGUGGCCUCAUCCUACGGCCGGGCCCUGGAGCCGAAGACCGCUCGUCCGAAAGCCGGGAGGGCGUCAAGGUGACGCUAGCGCCCCGCGCCAAUGCGGAGGCCUCAUCCGCCAUUAUGCUGCGGCGGCGCGACUCCAGGGAGGAUGCGCCACAGUCGUCCGCUACGAGCCUCAAGGCUCCGGUACGAGCUCGGCUGUCUCGGCGAGAGCGGCCCGUUGCGCGCCUGCAAGCUUGGGAUGACAGGGGGCAUCGGAGGGUGAUCCAGGAGUGCAGCGACUCAGAGUCCGAGUCGGAGGAAGCAGAGGAAGAGCGGGAUCGGGACAUCGACAUCGAGUCAGAGUCAGAGGAGUCAGAGGAAGAAAUCGAUGUGGACGGACCCGUAGACGUCGACAAGGAUGAUGACGAGGACUCGGAAGAGGAGAUGGAUAGGGCCCAUGACCCGGAUCAGGAGAGACGAAGGCAUCAGCCAGGCGUUGCGGAGCUUUCCAGGCUCGCAGGAGUCGGGAGGCCGACGUCUCCUCCAAGGGUCGUGGCGAAAGCAGAUUCGAAAAGCCAGGCGCGAGAAAGCCCGGCAGCCCCGGCUAGGUAUGCAGCCGUGGAGAGCUACAGUGAGGAGGACGACGUCGAAGCCGAAGCUGCGGAAGGCGAUGCUGAUGGCAUGGAUGAUGAAGAUGAAGAACAGGAAGAGGACGAUGAUGACGAGGAAUCGUCCAGCUCCCCUGAAAAAGUACCUUCUCCACGCUCCAGAAGAAAGGACAAGAAGGAGGAGGAAGAGCAUCGCCGUCGACAGGACGCAGCUGCCGCGGCUGCCGCCAAAGCAGCAGAAUCCAAGAAGGCUCAGAAGGUGGUACAGGCUGCAAAUCGCAGUGAUUGGCAAAGGAUCCAGCAACUUCGCGCGACCAGCAAGGUCCAGAAGACACCAUUCUUCGACGUGGAGAUGAAUGCAGCCCUGGCUUGUGGGCAGUAUAAAGCUGGCACGGCAUUGUAUGAGCAGCUCUGCAAGCUUAAGCUGCCAAAAGAAGUUCUCACGUUCAACCUCGCCACGAAGCUUUACGGAAAGGCUGGUAUGUGGGCAUCUGUGCAGCAAGUCUGGAAGGAAGCCAGGAAGUCGUAUCGCAUGGAUGAGACGAUGGCCGCUGCUCGUCUCGUCGCAGCAGCGGAUGAGGGGGACAUCCGGACGGCAGCCGACAUCUUGGACGAAAUGGUUAGGAUGGAUCUCGUGGUGGAUGUCGGGCACUUUACAUCUGCGCUUCGUGCCUGCGCGACUGCGGAGAACAGUGGCCACAAUGCUGCAGUUUUCCUUUUCGACACCUUGCUCAACAUGUCAUUAACGCCCGAUGUGCAGGUUUUCACAGCGCUCGUGUCUACUUUUGCCGGGCGACCGGUGAGCAAGUUCCAGAAACUACGCAGGCAAAUGGAUCAGUUUGGUGUGAAGCACAACUGGGUUUUCGCCGAUGCUUUCUUGAAGGCAUUGCUCGUGGUGCCACAGAAGGACAAGCAAUCCUCUGUCGUGGAACUUGUGGACUUGAUGAGUGGGUUAUCCGAAGAGCGCUUGCGGGAAGCGGCAAGCGCACUAUCCAGUUUCAAGACGUUGACGGAUGAGUGGUCUGCUUUUUGCGAUGUUACGGAGAAGUCGUCAAAGACAGCCACACGAAAGUCAGAGCAGAGGGAUUCGCUUCGAAAGCCCGAGGAGAAGUCCCGGCAUCGCGAAGGCCGUGAAAAGCCCAGGCAAAGCGAGGCCUCCCGGUCCCGUGCGGAGGAGCGGAUGAAGGAGAAGCAGAGGGAGGCCCGAGCCCGAGAGGAGAUGCAGGAGAAGGAGAAGGGGCAUGAGCCGGCGAAAAGCAAAAAGAAAAAGAAGGGCGGAGAACCGGAGCAGAAUCAUGAGGGCUCCCGGAGAGAUGCUUCAACGGCAAUGGAGCGAUCGCGCGAAAAGGCGCCUUCCACCUCAAAGGAUGAAGCUCGGAGGGAGAGCAGGCGAAAAGACAAGGCAAGCAGAGACGAGAAGAGUCGACGAAAGGAGGAGAAGGAGGCAGCAGAUCGCGAAGCGAGCAGGAAGCAAGAGGAGGCAAGGGCUGCGAAGCAGAAGGAGAAAGAGCGUGACGAGGUGAAGAAGCGCGAGGAGGAGGAACGUCGCGAAAGAGCUCGCAAGGAGGAGGAGGAGGAGGAGCAGCGCCGAAGAGAACAGGAAAAAGAAGAGGAAAGAAGGCGACAAAGGGAACGUGAAGAAGAGAGGAGACUUGAGAAGGAACGUGAGGAAGAGAAGCAGCGUGAGAAGCAGCGACUAGAGGAAGAGCUGAGGCGGGAGCGCGAGCGGCGCGAACGUGAGGAAGAGAAAAGACGGGAAAAGGAACGUGCCGAGCGGGAAGAACGAGAGGAGAGGGAGAGAAGGCGAGAACAGGAAAGAGAGGAGGAGAGGAGACGAGAAAAGGAAAGGCAGGAGCGAGAGGAAAAGCGCCGCGAGGAGGAGCGGCGAGAGAAGGAGCGCGAACAGAAGAGACGAGAAAGGGAAAGGGAGGAGGAGAGGAGACGUGAGAAGGACCGAGAGGAGGAGAGGAGACGCGAAAAGGAUCGCGAGGAGGAGCGAAGACGAGAGAAGGACCGCGAUGACGACAGGCGUCGAGACAGAGAUCGCGAGGAUGAACGGAGACGUGAGUCAGGUCGUGAUGACAGACGUCGAGACAAGGACAGGGAGGAUGAUCGCCGACGAGACAAGGACCGAGAGAACGAGCAUCGACGGGACAGAGAUCGUCAUGAAGAAAGAGACAGGCAUGAAAAGGAUCGCGACAAAGAUCGCGACAAGGACAAGUACCGCGAAAAGGACAGAGGCCGCGAAAGAGAGCGAUCACGCGACCGUGACGACAGAGAGCGAGAACGGGACCGUGACCGCGAGAAGGACACUGGUCGUGACAGGGAUCGCUCCAAGCCAAGAGAAAGAGAACGCUCCAAGCAGCGAGAACGUUCGAGGCCAAGAGACAGGGAAAGAGACAGGGAUGAUCGCGACAGAAAUCGACAUGACAAUGAAAGAGACACGAGAAACAAAGACCGAGCAAAAGAAAGAGAACGAGAACGUGAAAGAGACAAAGAUCGGGCCAGGGAAAGGGAGAGAGAAAGAGACCGCGACAGGGAUGCAGAUGAUCGUAGAAAAAAGGACGGCCAGCGCCAAGAGAAUGGCAGCAAGAAGGCGCGCUCUGUGACCCCUCUUCCUGGGCGGACUCAACCGCCCCCAGCUUCGGAUGCUGAUGGUGCGGCCUUUCCGCCACCGCUGCCCACUUCAGACCGCAAAGGGGGCCAGUACGACCCCGAGCGGCUUCCGAGCUCCUCGCCGGCUGCU